AUGAAGUUUGAUGACGUUCUCGAGACUAUAGGACCGUUUGGAAAAUAUCAGAAAAUACGAUGUUUUUUAUUGUGUUUAUUUUCCUUUGUGUCUGCGUGGCAUGCUUUUAAUAUGGUAUUUAUCGGUGCCGAGCCAAAAUUCCACUGUGAUAAUGAAAACAUUAAUAUUUCUAGUAGUAAUAAAUCUAAUGUUAGCGAUGAUGUUUUAUUAGAGUUGUUGGUACCAGAUGAUCCCUGUAAACAGUAUGAUGAGAAAGAUAUUGUCAUGUUAUACGACAAUUAUACAGGUAACCAUGUCCUGUUAUCUAAUAUCUCUACCACGGAUUGUACCAGGGGAUUUUGGUAUUCUAAAGAAAAAUAUUCAUCAACAAUAGUUUCACAGUUUGAUCUGGUAUGUAAGAAAAAGUUUUGGACGAGUACGUCCAAGUCGGUGUUUUUCUUAGGAAGAUUAUGUGGAGCUGUUUCAUUUGGUCAGCUGUCUGACAGAUUUGGUCGACGUCCUAUGUUUUUUGUUGGUGCUGCUAUAUUGUUGGUAGCUGGAAGUAUUGCUGCCGCUGCCCAAAACAUAUAUAUGUUUUUACCGAUGUAUUUUCUACAAGGUCUAGCCCAUACAGGAAUAUUCCUUGUAGCGUUUACAUUGUCUACAGAACUUGUUGGGCCUGAGUAUCGUUUUCUUGUUAGUGUUACGAUUCAGAUGUUUUAUUCUGUUGGCUGUAUGAUUUUAUCUGGCAUGGCGUAUUUAUUACGAGACUGGAGAUAUCUAGAACUAGCUAUAACUCUACCUGUUGUACUUUUUGCAACAUACUGGUGGUUUUUACCUGAAUCUGUUCGCUGGCUGUUAUCUCACAACAGGUAUGACGAGGCUCACAAAUAUCUCCAGGAAGCCGCAGCUACAAAUGGCACAACACUCUCGCCAUCGAUUAUGAAAAGUCUUCAAGACGACAACAACAACGACGGCAAGACCAUACAAAAUGGAAGAAAGUAUUAUUUCCUAGAUUUGGUCAGAACAUGGCCAAUGGCUAAGAUCUCUCUUAAUAUUUGGUUUAAUUGGUUUGCAAAUGCAUUGGUCUACUACGGGUUGUCGUUGAACACAGAAAAUUUAGUUGGUGAUCCGUAUCUGAACUUUUGUAUUGCUGGAGCGGUGGAAAUACCGGCGUACAUAUUAUGUAUAGUAUUUUUAAACAAAGUGGGAAGAAAAUUAAUAGUAGUAAUAUCGAUGUGUGUUGGUGGUAUUGCUUGUAUAUUAUCAGGAACUGUCUAUAUAAAUGUGACAAUUGUAUUGGCCAUGAUAGGAAAGUUCUUCAUAACCGCAUCUUACGGAAUGUUAUAUUUAUUGGCAGCUGAAGUGUUUCCUACUGUUGUACGGAAUAUCGGUGUAGGGGUGUCAUCGAUGUCCGGAAGUAUUGGUGGUAUACUGGUUCCUUCAUUGUUAGAUUUAAAUACGAUCUGGACACCGUUACCGCUAGUUAUAUUCGGCAGUUUGUCUAUAACCGCUGGUACUUUGGCGCUGCUGUUACCAGAAACCACGGACAAACCAAUGCCUCAACUACUCGAAGAUUUGUCUAGCAGUGAAUAA